AUGGAUAAGGACAGCACAAACCUGGCUGACCAGCAGUAUGAAUGUGUGGCUGAGAUUGGGGAAGGAGCCUACGGGAAAGUGUUCAAAGCCCGAGACUUGAAGAACGGAGGUCGCUUUGUUGCGCUGAAGCGGGUACGGGUGCAGACCAGUGAGGAGGGCAUGCCGCUGUCCACCAUCCGAGAGGUGGCAGUUUUGAGGCACCUGGAGACGUUCGAGCACCCCAACGUGGUCAGAUUGUUUGAUGUGUGCACCGUGUCACGAACAGACAGAGAGACCAAGUUAACAUUAGUGUUUGAACACGUGGAUCAAGACUUGACUACUUACUUGGACAAAGUCCCAGAGCCUGGAGUGCCUACUGAAACUAUAAAGGAUAUGAUGCUUCAGCUGUUUCGGGGACUGGAUUUUCUGCAUUCACAUCGUGUGGUGCAUCGGGACCUGAAACCCCAAAAUAUCCUUGUAACCAGCAGCGGGCAGAUAAAGUUAGCUGACUUUGGCCUUGCACGAAUCUACAGUUUUCAGAUGGCUCUUACCUCAGUGGUCGUUACUUUGUGGUAUAGAGCUCCUGAAGUUUUGCUUCAGUCCAGCUAUGCAACACCAGUUGAUCUUUGGAGCGUUGGCUGCAUAUUUGCAGAAAUGUUCCGUCGAAAACCACUCUUCCGUGGAAAUUCAGAUGUUGAUCAGCUAGGAAAAAUCUUUGAUGUAAUUGGACUCCCAGAAGAAGAGGACUGGCCUAAUGAUGUUGCCCUUCCAAGAAACGCUUUCACUUCCAGACCCGCACAACCUAUUGAAAAAUUUGUACCAGAUAUUGAUGAACUGGGCAAAGACUUGCUUCUUAAAUGCUUAGCGUUCAAUCCAGCCAAGAGAAUAUCUGCCUAUGUUGCCCUCUCUCACCCAUAUUUCCAUGAUCUGGAGAAAUGCAAGGAGAAUCUGGACUCUCACAUGUCAUCCAGCCAAAACUCCAGUGAGGUGAAUGCAUCAUAAUGCUGACUGAAGAUGAACCAUAAAUGAACAAGACGUGUAGCUGACAAGGCCACUGUCCCAUACAAACCACAUAGCUGUUCUAGUGAAGACCGUUACUUGGAGGUUUUAUGCACUUAUCUUUUAUUUUGGGAUUGUCAUGUGCUUAUCUAAGGAAAUCAAUCUAGUUUACUUUCAUGAGAGCAACACAAGGGCCAGGGCUUUGACCUGCUCCCAUUGCAGCUUUAUGUUUGUUUUGUUUUUGUUUUGUUUAUCUACCUGGGAAAACUCCAGACGAAGAGAAGCUGCUGACCAGUUUUGCUGCCAUUUUAUGCUUUUAAUAUUGAAUGCUGCC